AAGCCUUUCACCUCGGGUAUAAAAUUUGUGUCGUUAUUUCUAGGACCGCGCACCUCGAAGAAGUAGUUCCAAGAAGAACGACCAUGUAUUAUGCCGAUGAGGAACCAGUCCCCAUGGUUUUCUCAAGCGGAAGAUGGCGGCUACGGGAACAAACACCGGGGUCAAGAAUACCAAUGCGAGCGGGCCACGCCUACGUGUGUCCACCUCGCGAAGAGCAGACCCUCGCAGCACGAGCGGAAAUUGUUGCGUUCUAGGGUCGUGGGACGACGGGGGGCUUUCUCUCGAGGACGCUCGGCUGGCGUAGAAAUUUUUCUGCUUGCAGCUGUACUCCACCAGGCAAUUUUAUUCCAAAUGUUAGCUGUGCCGUUUGCUGGAUCUUCUGCGCAUGAUCUCGUGCAGCUUGCAGCAGCUUUGGACGUCGUCGCGGAGCAGAGCAGUAGCAGGUCUUUAGAAAAUGGUAGACUCGUCCGCAAAGAGCCCCCGCCGGUGGAGCUUCAAGUGAGUGGCGAGGAGGAGCUUCGAAUAGAACAGGAUGCAGAAUUCGUAUCAACCACAACUGCUAGUGAAGAAGAUGAACAUCAAGUGUCGAGCUAUAGACACGUUCCAUCAAGAACGAGGACAUCUUCGUCCGGAUCUCCUUCUCCCGCUCCCGCGUCGUCCGUGAAAGUGAAUUCAUCUUCUUCGACGUCAAAAGUACAGUUGCGAGUUGCAACAUCAAGGAAAAAUGGCACAGCGAACAAUUCUACCACGACCGACCAGUACGAGACGCGGGCGACAGCGGAGGAAGCAGUGCCUCGAACAUGAACCACAGGAGGAGCUUCAUCCGCGGGGGAGAGCGAUUCUGUUGCGAUUCUAGCCGGCAUAGUCGCAACCGUCGUGGUGUUCUUUGGUUGCGUUUGCUGUGCCGUGUUGCAGUACGGAGGCGGAGAAGGAGAAAACAACGCAGGAGCUCCUGCGUCGGGGAAAAAAAAGUGGUGGUGGGCGGAGAGCGGUGACAACAACGAUGACGCCGAGUAUUGGGGGGAGGAAGAUUUUUACGACGGAACUGGUGGCGAUUGGAAUGAAAACAAAAAUCACGACCCAGGAGCAAACCACGUCGCCCAUUCCUACGGACUAGAUGAGAAAAAAGCAGGCAAAAUGAGGUUGAAUCUAGUGUCGACACAACGAUGGAGCAAAAACUUCGCGGAGUCGUGACGAAGAAUAGUGAUUGUACUAUAGGUGCGGAUGACGUGGUUUCAGUUCUCGAAAAAUACUCGUGCCGUUUCGACAAGUUUCAGUUUCACUUCACGAACGGAAAGUAGUGCCGUUGUAGCUUUCGGUACGUAAUGAGCUUCAAAGGCUUGUU